CAAGCCAAGGAAGUCCUCUUCCACAAAAUGGCUGCCGGCUACGUGGCGGCCAUGUUGGACAUGGAGGGCAGGAAGCCAGGCCCCACGAGCAUUCUGGGCACGUCCCAGCUACGCCCCGGCUCUCCAGGCGGCUUCCGCGUCCCCUUCAGCCCCAACGCCACCGGCUGCGGCGCCGCCAUGCGGGCCAUGUGCAUCGGGCUACGGUAUCCACGUGAAGAGCAGCUUGAUGAUCUGGUUGAGGUGAGCUUGGUGAGUGGCAAGAUGACUCACAACAACCCAACAGGCUACCUGGGUGCCGUGGCGGCGGCGCUGCUGGUGUCGUGUGCGGUGCGACGCGACCCCGUGGGGUCGUGGGGUCGCACGUUGACCCGGCGGGCUCUCCCUGCCGCUCGACGCCUCGUCCUGGCCGGACCGCUCGCACCGCAGGAGAUGGAGCAAUGGAAGUACUUUGUGACGAUGUGGGAGAGCUACCUUCUGGAGCGCAACAUUGCCGAAGAUACCGCCACCACCGCCACCACCGCCACCGCCACCACCACCGCCGCCACCACCACCACCGCCACCACCACCGCCACCACCGCCACCACCGCAUCAACGGCCACGUUCCCCGCGAGCCUCUCCACCCCAGAAGGACGUGACGAGGCCUACAAGGCCUGGAGCCUGGACGGCUGGGCAGGCCGCAGCGGCCAUGACGCCCCCAUGAUCGCCUACGACGCCAUCCUGCGAGCCGCCCCGAGCAUGGAACGUCGGACUUCGGCCGAGGGGGCGGCCGAGGGCUGGGAGCUUCUGUGCAGCUACGGGAUGUUCCACGGAGGUGACAGUGACAGCACCGGGGUGAUUGCUGGCGCCUGCUGGGGGGCUCUGUGGGGUCUGCAGGGGGUCCCGUCCGGCAACCACCAACACCUCGAAUAUCGCGAGAGACUCGUUCAGUCGGCUGAUGCCCUCCACCGCCUGGCUUGGCCUGACACACUCGCCGUGUAGAGUAGACACUCACUGUGUCACUCACUCACUGUGUCACUCACUGUGUCACUCACUGUGUAGAGUAGACACUCACUGUGUCACUCACUCACUGUGUCACUCACUGUGUCACUCACUGUGUAGUGUAGACACUCACUGUGUCACUCACUGUGUAGAGUAGACACUCACUGUGUCACUCACUCACUGUGUCACACACUCACUGUGUAGUGUAGACACUGUGUCACUCACUGUAUCACUCACUCACAACCACGAACACCUCGAAUACCGCGAGAGACUCAUAGAGUCGGCUGAUGCCCUCCACCACCUGGCCUGGCCCCACACACUCGCUGUGUAGACACUCACUGUGUAGUGUAGACACUGUGUCACUCACUGUGUCACUCACUGUGUCACUCACUCACUGUGUCACACACUCGCUGUGUCACACAUUCACUGUGUAGAGUAGACACUCACUGUGUCACUCACUGUGUCACUCACUGUGUCACACAUUCACUGUGUCACUGUGUCACUCACUCACAACCACGAACACCUCGAAUAUCGCGAGAGACUCGUUCAGUCGGCUGAUGCCCUCCACCGCCUGGCUUGGCCUCACACACUCGCUGUGUAGAGUAGACACUCACUGUGUCACUCACUGUGUCACUCACUGUGUCACUCACUGUGUCACACACUCACUGUGUCACUCACUGUGUCACUCACUGUGUCACUCACUGUGUCACACACUCACUGUGUCACUCACUGUGUCACUCACUGUGUCACUCACUCACUGUGUCACUCACUGUGUUACUCACUGUGUCACUCACUCACUGUGUCACUCACUGUGUCACACACUCGCCGUGUAGACACUCACUGUGUCACUCACUCACUGUGUCACUCACUCACUGUGUCACUCACUCACUGUGUCACUCACUGUGUCACACACUCGCCGUGUAGACACUCACUGUGUCACUCACUCACUGUGUCACUCACUCACUGUGUCACUCACUCACUCACUGUGUUACUCACUGUGUCACUCACUGUGUAGAGUAGACACUGUGUCACUCACUGUGUCACUCACUCACUGUGUAGUGUAGACACUCACUGUGUCACUCACUGUGUAGUGUAGACACUCACUGUGUAGAGUAGACACUCACUGUGUCACUCACUCACUGUCACACACUGUGACACUCACUGUGACACUGUGUCACACACUCACUGUGUCACUCACUCACUGUGUCACACACUCACUGUGUAGAGUAGACACUGUGUAGUGUAGACACUCAAUGUGUCACUCACUCACUGUGUCACUCACUGUGUCACUCACUCACUGUGUCACACACUCACAGUGUAGAAUAGAGACCCACAGACUUGCUGGUGUAGAGACUCACAGUGUAGAGACUCACUGUGUAGUGUAGACACUCACUGUGUAGAGUAGAGACCCACAGACUUUCUGGUGUAGAGACUCACUGUGUAGAAACGAUCUACAAAAACUCUGUACACAUCCAGACCUACACAACAAUAGACUCACACAGAGACCUAAAGAACAAUAGUCUCACACAGAGAACAAUAGACUCACACAGAGACCUAGACAACAAUAGACUCACACAGAGAACAAUAGACUCACACAGAGACCUAAAGAACAAUAGUCUCACACAGAGAACAAUAGACUCACACAGAGACCUAGACAACAAUAGACUCACACAGAGAACAAUAGACUCACACAGAGACCUAAAGAACAAUAGUCUCACACAGAGAACAAUAGACUCACACAGAGACCUAAAGAACAAUAGUCUCACACAGAGAACAAUAGACUCACACAGAGACCUAAAGAACAAUAGACUCACACAGAGACCUAAAGAACAAUAGCCUCACACAGAGAACAAUAGACUCACACAGAGACCUAGACAACAAUAGACUCACACAGAAACCCAGAGAACAAUAGACUCACACAGAGACCUCAACAACAGUAGACUCACCCAGAGAACAAUAGACUCACACAGAGAACAAUAGACUCACACAGAGACCUAGACAACAAUAGACUCACACAGAGAACAAUAGACUCACACAGAGAUCUAGAGAACAAUAGACACACAGAGACCUAGACAACAAUAGACUCACACAGACAACAAUAGACUCACACAGAGACCUAAAGAACAAUAGACUCACACAGAGACAUAGACAACAAUAGACUCACACAGAGAACAAUAGACUCACACAGAGAUCUAGAGAACAAUAGACACACAGAGACCUAGACAACAAUAGACUCACACAGACAACAAUAGACUCACACAGAUACCUAAAGAACAAUAGACUCACACAGAGACAUAGACAACAAUAGACUCACACAGAGAACAAUAGACUCACACAGAGAUCUAAAGAAAAAUAGACACACAGAGACCUAGACAACAAUAGACUCACACAGACAACAAUAGACUCACACAGAGACCUAAAGAACAAUAGACUCACACAGAGACCUAGAGAACAAUAGACUCACACAGAGAACAAUAGACUCACACAGAGAACAAUAGACUCACACAGAGAACAAUAGACUCACACAGAGACCUAGAGAACUAUAUUCACACAGAGAACAAUAGACUCACACAGAGAACAAUAGACUCACACAGAGAACAAUAGACUCACACAGAGACCUAGAGAACAAUAGACACACAUAGAACAAUAGAUUCACAUACAGAACAAUAGACUCACACAGAGAACAAUUGACUCACAUCAGCAGCAUUUGGUCUCAUCAGUCGCAGCAGAUGUCAGACUCCGUUUGAGUGCGCGUUAAAGAUUUGCAUGUGGUGCAUGGCCAUCAUGUGACUUUGUGUGUCUCAGUGGAGACUCUGACCCUGAGACCCGGUCUCCCUGAGUCUCAGUGGAGACUCUGACCCUGAGACCCGGUCUCCCUGAGGUUCAGUGAAGACUCUGACCCUGAGACCCGGUCUCCCUGAGUCUCAGUGGAGACUUUGACCCUGAGACCCGGUCUCCCUGAGUCUCAGUGAAGACUCUGACCCUGAGACCCGGUCUCCCCGAGUCUCAGUGGAGACUCUGACCCUGAGACCCGGUCUCCCUGAGUCUCAAUGGAGACUCUGACCCUGAGACCCGGUCUCCCUGAGUCUCAAUGGAGACUCUGACCCUGAGACCCGGUCUCCCUGAGUAUCAGUGAAGACUCUGACCCUGAGACCCGGUCUCCCUGAGUCUCAGUGGAGACUCUGACCCUGAGACCCGGUCUCCCUGAGUCUCAGUGAAGACUUUGACCCUGAGACCCGGUCUCCCCGAGUCUCACUCUGACCCUGAGACCCGGUCUCCCUGAGUCUCAGUGAAGACUUUGACCCUGAGACCCGGUCUCCCCGAGUCUCAGUGGAGACUCUGACCCUGAGACCCGGUCUCCCUGAGUCUCAGUGAAGACUCUGACCCUGAGACCCGGUCUCCCCGAGUCUCAGUGAAGACUCUGACCCUGAGACCCGGUCUCCCCGAGUCUCAGUGAAGACUCUGACCCUGAGACCCGGUCUCCCUGAGUCUCAGUGAAGACUCUGACCCUGAGACCCGGUCUCCCCGAGUCUCAGUGGAGACUCUGACCCUGAGACCCGGUCUCCCCGAGUCUCAGUGGAGACUCCGAGUCCCUGGACUGUUUCUUUACGCAGAUAUUUACUAAAUAAAUUCAUAAAUCGA